AUGUCUAACACCACUACCACAACCGCUGUUGCCCUACCGAACAGAGAUGCCAUGUCUGGCAGCAACAAAUCGCAACCAGUGUGGUCACUGGAAUCCAACGGAUCCUUAACUCCACCACUCAAUGAAAAAUGCGAUAGAGUCAGCCGUCAAGAUGGUAUAUGUUGCAAGGAACUCAAGGACGAAGACGAUAGAACUCUGAUAGAUCCUGAUGUUAUCCGCGACAUCAUUAUUGGCUUGUCAGAUGGCCUGACCGUUCCAUUCGCGCUGACAGCUGGUCUGUCCGGCUUGGGGACAUCAAGAUUAGUCGUUGUCGGCGGCCUUGCAGAACUCAUUGCCGGCGCCAUAUCGAUGGGAAUAGGUGGCUUCCUUGCAUCCCAGGCUGAGCGGGACCAUUAUCUGUUCUUGCGACGCCACACUUACUCACGGGUGAUGCGGAGUUGCAUCGGGGAAAUGGAGAGAGAGGUAUACGCUGUUUUGGGUCCCGUCGGUGUCGAUGAACCGGCCUCCCAGGCUGUCGCAAAUUGCCUGCGGAAAGCAGAGGAUGAGUCUGGGUUCGACGGAAGUACACCCGCACCUGCCGAUGAGGAGAAACCAUCGCGGGGGAUGAAAAGCGAACAUGGGUUAACACCUUUCCUACUGAAAUUUGGAGAGGGAUUGGAGGAAAUUCCGACUCGCCGACUAUACAUCUCUGCGUUUACCAUCGGGAUGGGAUACCUGUGUGGGGGUAUCAUCCCCCUUCUCCCAUAUUUCUUCAUUUCCAAAGCAAUCGAUGCACUGAAGAUUUCUUGCAUAAUUACUGGGAUAGUUCUUCUGAUAUUUGGUACGGUCAAAGCUCGAAUCACGGGGGCAGCGAGGAAUUUCUGGGGAUAUAUUUGGGGAGCAGUGAGUACGAUGGCUGUUGGCGGGUUCGCUGCCGCUGCAGCAUACGGGUUGGUGGUCGCAGUGGAAUCAUCGUCUAUAUCGUAG